UCAUUGGUUUCCGGUCUAGGCAGGAAGUGACGAGUAUCCUUCCCUUCCCGCCUCCAUCAUUGUGUGUGUCCGCAGUGAGGAGAGCCGGAGGAGGAGGAAAGACGGUGAGCGCCAUCUAAGCGUACAAAAUGGCGGACAGCGAUGAUGAAUACGACCGUCGCCGCAGAGACAAGUUCAGGAGGGAGAGGAGCGACUACGAUCGUUCCAGAGAGCGUGACGAGAGGAGGAGAGGAGACGACUGGAGUGACAGAGAAUGGGACCGAGGACGGGAGAGGAGGAGCAGAGAGUACCGUGAUUAUGACAGAAGCAGACGGGAGAGGUUCUCUCCUCCGCGCCAUGACAUGAGCCCCCCUCAGAAGCGUAUGAGAAGAGAUUGGGAUGAUCACAGCUCUGACCCUUAUCACAGCGGCUACGACAUGCCAUAUUCCGGCACUUCCGGAGGUCCAGCCUACGGUCCGCCUCAGCCAUGGGGGCAUCCCGACAUGCACGUCAUGCAGCAUCCUGGUAUCCCCAUACAGGCCAGACUGGGGAACCUCCACGAUGUAGACUUGGGGACGCCGACGCCUGUGAUGAAAACCUUCAAAGAGUUCCUGUUGUCCUUGGAGGACACGGUGGACGAGACGGAAGCCGUCAGACGCUACAACGAGUACAAAUUGGAGUUCAGGCGCCAACAGAUGCAGGACUUCUUCCUGGCACAUAAAGACGAGGAAUGGUUCCGCUCCAAGUAUCACCCGGACGAGGUGGGCCGUCACAAGCAGGAGUCGCUGGCCGCUCUGCGCAAUCGGCUCAAUGCUUUCCUCUUUCUGGUGGACAACAGCUGGCUGACCGAGAUCCUGCUGGAUGUGGAGAAGGCGCCGUCCAUCAUCAAAGUGCUGGAUGCCGCUGUCAUAAAAAUGGAAGGAGGGACGGAUAUCGACUUGAAGAUAUUGGAUGAGGAGGAAGAGCAGGCCAAAAGGGAGGCGGCCAAGAAAGAGGCCGCCAAGAAGGAGGAGGGCCGAACCUCCGACGGGGCUGCCAAACCGGCUGAAGAGAAAGAGGCGUCUGCUAAGACUGACACCGAGAAGGAGGGAGAAGUGGAGGAAAAAACAGUCAAACCCGAGGAGGCAGAAGAGAAGAAGGUGGAGAAGGAGGAGCCGGAGCGGGAAACCAGAAAGUCGACCAAGAGAAAAAGGAAGCACAGUGGAGACAGUGAUGACGGCAGCGAUUCAGAAUCUGGAUCCGGUUCUGGAUCUGGAUCCGGUUCUGAACCGAGCAGCCCCAAACCAGAAAGGGGGAGAGAGAGGGAGAGCCCGGAAAGAGAGAGCCCGGAAAGGGAGACCCGUAAGAGCCGGGAAAAAGAGAGCCCAGAAAAGAAGAGCCGGGAAAGAGGGAGCCCGGAAAAAGAGACCCCGAAGAGCCCGGAAAGAGGGAGCCCGGAAAAAGAGACCCUGAAGAGCCGGAAAAAAGAGAGCCCGGAAAAGGAGACCAGGAAGAGCAGGGAAAAAGAGAGCCCGGAAAGGGAGACCAGGAAGAGCAGGGAAAAAGAGAGCCCGGAAAGGGAGACCAGGAAGAGCAGGGAAAAAGAGAGCCCGGAAAGGGAGACCAGGAAAAGUCGGGAAAGGGAGACCAGGAAGAGUCGGGAAAGGGAGACCCGGAAGAGCCGGGAAAGAGAGAGUCCAGAGAGCCAAGAAAGAGCGAGCCGGAAGAGCCGUGAAAAAGAGAGUCGCAAGAGCCGGGAAAGAGAAAGCCGGGAGAGUCGCAAAAGUCGUGAAAGAGAAAGCCGAGAGAGUCGGAAGAGUCGGGAAAGAGAGACUCGAGAGAGCCGGAAGAGUCGGGAAAGAGAGAGUCGGGAGAGGGAGACUCCGCGGGAGAAGGAGACUCCGCGGGAGAAGGAGAGUCAGGGCCAGAAUGGAAGAGAGGAUUCCCCUAAGAAGGAAGAAGAGGAGAAGCCGAAAGAAAAACCCAAGGAGGAGGUCGUGAAGCCCCGCCCCUUACACAAGACCUGCUCCCUCUUCAUGAGGAACGUGGCCCCCAACAUUUCCAAGGCCGAAAUCACAGCGCUGUGCAAAAGAUACCCAGGAUUCCUGCGGGUGGCGCUGUCUGACCCUCAGCCUGAGCGGAGGUUUCUCCGCAAGGGUUACGUGACGUUUGAUCGCGGGGUCAACAUUAAAGAGAUCUGCUGGAAUCUGCAGAAUAUUCGGCUGCGCGAUUGUGAGCUCAGCCCCGUGGUGAACCGAGAGCUGUCCUGGCGAAUCCGCCACGUGAACGGGAUCACGCAGCACCGGCCAAUCCUGCGCAACGACAUCAAGCUGGCCGCCAAACUCAUCCACGCCUUGGACGAGAGGGGACAGCUCUGGAAGGAGACACAGGACGGCCAGGUGAGUCCCCAGGAGGUGGCAGCCCAGAACCCCAUUCUGAAGAACAUCACAGACUACCUGAUAGAUGAGGUCAGCGCAGAAGAGGAGGACUUGCUGUGGGGAGGAGGGAGGACGGGUGGAGCCGAACCGCCGAAGGAAGGCAACCCGACCGAGAUCACAGUGGAGAGGGAUGACAAGCUGAUCAAGGUCCUGGACAAGCUGCUCCUCUACCUUCGUAUUGUACAUUCCGUAGAUUAUUAUAUUACCUGCGACUAUCCCAGCGAAGAUGAGAUGCCAACUCGUUGUGGAAUCAUGCACGUCCGAGGUCCCAUCCCCCCAAACCGCGUUUCCCACAGAGAAGUGGCUGACUGGCAGAAGACGUUCGAGGAGAAGCUCGCCCCUCUCUUUGCUGUCCGGGAGAGCCUGUCUGAGGAGGAGGCGCUGAAGAUCGGGAAGAAGGAUCCGGAGCAGGAAGUGGAGAAGUUUGUGACGGCGAACACCCAGGAGCUGGGCAAAGAGAAAUGGCUGUGUCCUCUGAGCGGCAAGAAAUUCAAGGGUCCCGAGUUUGUUCGGAAACACAUCUUCAACAAGCACGCCGAGAAGAUUGAAGAGGUCAAAAAGGAAGUGGUCUUCUUCAAUAAUUUCCUGAUUGAUACUAAACGCCCCGCACUCCCAGAGGUCAAACCUAUCCAACCACCAGUGGCUGCUGCACAAGGACUGGCACCCGGACUGCUUUACCCUCACCAGGGGCCCCAGGCCCUCCUGCAAUAUAAUCAGCCGCGGCCCCAAAUGAUGGGUUACGGAGCUCCUCAGUUCCCUCCCAAUCCUUAUGGUGCCGGGCGAGGAUAUGACGCCUUCAGGGGCCAAGGCGGCUACCCCAAACCACGCAACCGGAUGAUGCGCGGAGACCCACGUUCUAUCAUCGAGUACCGCGACCUUGACGCACCGGAAGACGUAGACUUCUUUUAACAUCUCCGCUUGUUUUAUUAAUUUUCGCUCUCAGUCGCUGCACUUUUCCCUCCCCCUCCCACUCACUGACGUUACUGCCUCCUCCUGUCAGUAUUUUUUUUUUUUUUUUU